AUGGAUAAAUUCACAGAUGUGCUGGUAAAGCUACAAAACGAAGGCUACGACUUCUCUAUAUUUGUCAGGAAGAAGGGCGAAUCCAGUGGAAGCGAUUCGGUGAAGUUCUCCCACGCUUAUGUCACUCCAGCUGCAAAACAGCUUUUACCUCUGAACAUAUGGGACUUGGUCGAAGACAGUAGCAUACUAAAACACGGCUUACAGCCAAAAGUCACGAAAUUCAAUUAUGAAACGAUUAAUUUACCCCUCGAAGAUCUGGACUCUCUCGAGAGGUACCUAAAGAAUGCUUUCAAGCACUUGAGACAAGUGCCCUGCAAAUCAAUUGUGAAAGCAUGGAUCAAGGUCAUCGAACCCAGAAAAAAGACCAAAUAUCCCUACAUCAAGGGUGAGCUCACGAAGCCAGAUUGGUGGCCAAGAAAUGUUCAGCAUAGAGAACCAGACCACCUUCAAAAGGAUGACAGAAUGCGCCUGAUGACUUCGAUAAUCCUGGCGGUACUUCCAGAUCAAAGAUACCGUACGGCCUUCGAUGAUUUGCGUCAGACAUCACUUGGCUUGUCCCUAUUUAAACGUGAACCGCACAAAGAAUUGGUACUGAAGAGUAUCUUCGACAUUUCUCAAGCCCUUUGCAGCGAUGAUGGCAGCAGAACCGUUGAAGUCAUUGACCUCGCGCAAUUUACCGCCCGCCAGACGGAAUCGCAUCUCAGAACUGUCAGAGAGGUGUCUAUCAGAACCAUUUCCAGCCGGAAUUGUUGCGGGAACGCGGAGGAUGUAUGUGAUAGUUCUGAUCAAGAGCGUGCUGCCGAUUCUCUUCCAACCUUAUCGGAACCCGUGCUACUCGACUCACUAGUCGCUAGUGACCAAAACCUGCUGGAUGUUUUUGGUUAUUCCGUUGUCGAAGAGUCGGCUACGCCUUGCCAUUACUGA